AUGGUAAAAGCUGCCAGACUAAUGCUCUAUGUCGAAAACACUCAGCCAAGGCCAGAAGUUUCCCCAAGAAGAGAGUCUCCCUAUGCUGCCACGCAGGCACAUGUGAAUGAAGUACAUCCCAUCAAAUUGCAGCCACAGAGGAGUGAUACAAGCAGGUAUUCCCCUGUAUAUGUGACUGAAGGCUUUGACGAAGGAAGGCCAGAGAAACCUGCCACUAGUCCUCAUGUUCGGUGCCGGGUGGACAUCAAACCAGACGAGUCGGCCGUGCAGCAUGGAGGCCGAAAGGCAGCUACACCCCAUGUGGAUGUACCUUGGCAGAAGUAUCCCAGCAGUGGCAGUCGGAGUCUGACAUUGCCUCGCCAUUUCUCUGCUUCAAGGACACCGACUCCCACUGACUCCUUCACUGGAGAGUACAGGCAGGCGUACCAGUAUUCCAAAAGUAUGCCAAAUAGCUACAUGCAACCUAUGGAAAUCCCUUUGCAAAAGGUGGUCUCGCCACGGGAGCCAAGGGAACACUAUGGACGGGAACGAAGGGCUCAUUCAAGCCCCAAUGUGCCAACUAAAUUCUUCUAUGCAGAGGAUUUGGGGAAGUAUGGAUCUUCAGCUCCAUCAAGGACUUAUCAAGAUGACCGAUACAGCAUUCCUAGCCAACCCUACUCACCUAAAGUACAAUAUGUACAAGAUCCAAGGACUCACAUUGUUCAUACUGUACCUUCCCGGCAAUAUUUCACAGAAAUCGACCCCAACCAUUACCCUGGACAGCCUGUGUACCCUAAACCCUAUGCUGCAAGUGAGCCAGGGGCGUAUGUAAUUCAGACACCUCCAGCAAGGACUUUCUAUGGCGAUGACCCAAGGACAUAUCAGAUUCAAACAGCCCCCCCUCGGAUCUUCUACAUGGCUGACCCCUACACGCCACCAAUGGAGCAUCAUAUUCCUGCAAGGGCGUAUUACACAGAGGGAAGACGACAUGCCCGUGUGGUGCAGCCGCAAUCAGAGGACUGGUACGGCUCAGAGGUCUCCGGCUACUCUAGCCAUUACCGUUCCUCGUACGUCUCACAGGUUACUCCCACGAGAGAUAGACAAGAGCCAAAGCUCACAACUUGGUAUGCCAACCCAUGCAUGGAGCCAGCAAGAACCGUAACAGACCCAAGACCGUACUCAAGAUCUUGGGAUAACAUCCUUGAUACCCAUGUAGAGCGGGAACAGCCCGUACCCCGAGGGAAAAGCGAUGAGAAUCUUCUUUGUCAGGGGAUACAAACUUCAAGUGAACGACCAAAACCUGUGGUUGUCAACCUUUCCAGCUCACCAAGGCGUUAUGCUGCACUGUCCUUAUCUGAAAACUCUUUGAUUGACAAAAGUCCAACUGAGGCCAAGAGCUCUUCGAGUAAACUGUGGUUUGUCACACCUGAGAUUACCAUCACAGACAAUGAUAUCAGACCAAGCAAUCUUAGUAAAUCAGAAGCACGCUCUGCAAGUUGGGAUGUGCUGGAUUUAAAAAGUGCCCCAAAUCAAGAAGCCCAUCAUCGUGAAGCAAAAUCCCACUCUGGAGAAUCUACCAAAGAGAAAAUGUACAGCAGCACAUCUUUACAGCAAAGUUUAGAGCAGCUUGAUGAGCUUCUAGCAGACCUUGUUAUCGAUUACAAACCUCCAGCCAGGAGGACAAGUGAAGACUUGCUUGAUCAACUCAAAAAGCUAAUUGACGAAGAAGAAGCAGUAUCUUCAGCAAGAAAAGAUUCGAUGGCAGGAUCUGAAAGUGGCAUUCCCCUUGACAAACAACCCACUUCAAUAAAAAUAGAUCCUGACACACUAAGAGGCACUGACGGGAGUUGUGACGGCCUCAGAAGUACAGAAGAGUGCUCCCCUGACCAGAGUCCCGAUGAGGACGACACUAUGAUGUGUUCAAACGAUAAAUGCCGUCGGACUGAGACCUUGUUUAACGCCUGCCUCUACUUUAAGUCCUGCCACAGCUGCUAUACCUACUACUGUUCUCGCAACUGUCGCCGUGAAGACUGGGACGUCCAUAAGGAGAGCUGCCUCUAUGGGCGAAUCGGUAGUGUGUGUCGCCACGUUAUUAAGCACUGUCGAGAAACCGCAGAGGUCCAUAAAACUUUCUCCCGUAUAGCCAAAGUGGGAUACCUGUCUCGGGGCAGGGGAGUCUUGUUUUUGGGCUUUCCAAAUCCAGGUUCGUCCACAAAUUUCCUUCAGUUUGGACUAGAAAGUCUACUCAUGUCGCCAACAUACUUAUCUCUCCGUGAGCUGGAGAGCUUCAAGGAUAACCUUGGGGAAUAUUGCAAGGAGCUCCAAGAGGCGGGAAAGGAAUACAACCCUAAUGAAUGUUUUCUCUUGAAUGUAUCCAUUGCGGUUGGUGAUCAAGUGCCUGACGGACCAUCGCCAAGGGUCCAAGCCCCAACCGUCAGGAAAUUUGCCAAGAUUGCUCUUGCCUCCUACAGCCCGGAAAAGAAGGUCCAUCGGAAGGAAAGCGACAUGGAAACGUUGAUCCUGACCCCACCGCCAGGUAUGGCUGACAUUGACAAGGAAGGCGAGGAGGGAAGGAAAGCACGGGAGAUCUGCUUCAUCAACAUUCAGCGAGAGUUGAGGAUACGUGGGGUGUUUCUUCGCCACGAGCAUCCCAAUGUCUACCAAAAGCUCUGUGAGUUUGUUGAGAACAACAGGAGGUUCACGCCCACUACUAUUUAUCCAAUUGAUAAAAGGACCGGCAAGCAGUUCAUGUGCAUGAUAAUGGCAGCCUCUGAGCCACGAACUUUGGACUGGGUAGCCAACCCACAUCUCCUAGAUGACAUUAUAUAAACAAGUGCACCUUUUAUAUAUUAAAGCAUUGAUCUCAGCUUAUUUGUUAUACAUGUUUGUAGAUAUGUAUUUUGUUAAUGAAAAAAAUGUAUUCAUGUCUGCAAGGUCAGUAUUAUUCAAUGUUGGAAUAUUGCCCAUCAGAUGUUGAAUAUGAAUAAUUCACAUAGUUUAUCCAUCGACUUGCUAUCUAGUCCUAGGAUUUGUUAAUUUAUGCUUCACUGGCAAUUGUUUUCUUUGUAGCAAUUCUCUUUUGAUAUUCUUGUAUUGUUCAUGAAGAGAAAGAGAGAAAAAAAACAACAAUCUUGAUUUAUUUGGGCAAACUACAGAAUUAUUUACGUCAGAGCUGAAUAUUUUUUACUAUGCAAAAAAUGACCAACAUUG